UUUGAGACAUAAAAUCUCUUUUAUCGUAUUUUACUGGUUUCAUUUCACAGUUUUAAUAAUAAAUUAAUGUUUUUAACGAAGUCUAUAAUUUCAAAAUACUCUCUGGUAGUAUCGAUAACAAAUAUCUCAGCGUGUAAGUUAAACAUUGUUCAGGUGUUAAACAUCAAGUGAAAUUGCAAUAUCUGGCAACCAAAACCGCUAAUGAAAUACCUAAAUAUCAACCUAGAAAAGUUUUUAAAUUAAAUCAUCAUUCGUGGCUCCCCUCAGUUACUUUUUCUCUUGUUAUGGGGCUUAACAAUAGUCGGUCCAGUAUUCACACAACGGCUUCAUCUAAAGCAGAUUCUGAAAAACCGUCUGGCAUCGACGCUGGUGCCACCGGACAGAACGGUGCGAUGAGUUUAGAGAAUAAGGCUGAACUGGUUGCAAAACUCAACCCCCUCCAGUACCAUGUCACACAGGAGGCAGGAACGGAACGACCCUUUACUGGAAAGUAUAACAAAUGCUACGACAAGGGGACCUACAUUUGCGUGGUGUGUAGCCAGGAACUGUUCAGUUCGGAUACGAAAUAUGACUCCGGCUGCGGUUGGCCAGCCUUCAACGAUGUGCUGGACAAGGGUAAGGUGACCCUUCACGCGGAUGCCAGUUUAGCAGGCGGCAAUCUCCUAUUAUUAAUCACACAACCAGGCCGAAUGCGGACGGAGGUCAGGUGCUCAAAGUGUGGAGCUCACAUGGGGCACGUGUUCGAGGAUGGUCCGCCGCCUACUCGCAAACGGUAUUGUAUCAACUCGGCGUCAAUCGAAUUCAUUCCGGCGGGAACAAUACGUCCGGAACCGUCAUCCGAGUCUAACUAGACAUAAAACGGUAAUCUUUCGAUCAAGCCAUAUACGAUUGUGUGAUGGAAGAAUAAUUCUAUGACGAUGCGUAGCGCGUGCAGUACAAAGCAGCUGAAAAGUUUGCCAAAAGCAGUGUAUAGAAUUGGGAUAAUUCAGUAGUCACUUGCACUGGAGAAGAUAGCACUAUCGCAAACAGUUUAAUAAUUUCACACCCACAGCUUUAUUUUUGAAAACAAAUCUUUUUAUCGAUUGAAUGAAUAAGCUUUCAAAAUUCAAUGGUUGCAGAAUCGUCGACAAUUUAUUUUUGUUCAUUGUUUUUUGUUGUCCACUUCGAUAACUUUAACAGGAAAAUGAAGGCCAGAUAAAAAACGCAGGUUAUCCCUCGUUCCUCAGCGUAUUAAAAAUAUCGCACUUUUCAAUAACGUAAAGACUAACCGUAGUUAUUUAUUAAACAUACGAACAUUCAACUUGAUAGAAGAAGAUCAAAUGAAACUGUGUACGCUAAUUGAUAACGUAAAAAUUUGUAUCGUGAAAUGGUGAAGAAAAUUUCGGAGAAUAAAUGUUUUCUUUAUAGGAA